CAGAAGCCGCGAGAGCGGAUAUGACGUCACAAAGAGUCCUGCAUCCAUAUGUGGACGACCCAGAGAAGCUGUCAUUCGCAUGUCUUGCUAACAGAAACGCUUUAGUUCGUUCAGAACCCGCGGUGCGUCUGCAGACAUGGACCAGAGGUAGACGGUGAGCCACAAAAGUCUAUGAUGUCAUCAGCCAGUGACGCAGCAGUAUCUCCAGGUGGAGGAGGCGGAGCUUCAGUGAUGGAGAUGUCAAACUUCGCCCAUGUGAUCUUCCAGAACGUGGGGAAGAGCUUUCUGCCUCAGGCUGCACUGGAGUGCCACUACACGCUCACACCUUUCAUCACCCCCCACCCCAAAGACUGGGUUGGCAUCUUUAAGGUGGGUUGGAGCAGUGCACGAGACUACUACACGUUCCUUUGGUCUCCCAUGCCUGAGAACUACACAGAAGGUUCCACUGUCCACAGAGUUCUUGUCUUCCAAGGUUACUACGUUCCCCGCAGCGAUGGGGAAUUUUAUCAGUUCUGCUACGUCACACACAUGGGUGAAAUCAGAGGGGCCAGCACACCCUUCCAGUUCCGAGCGGCCACCCCGACGGGGGAGGAGCUACUGACCGUGGAGGAUGAUGGGAAUUCAGACAUACUGGUGGUUACAACCAAGACCGGACUACUAGAGCGGCGUGUGGAGGAAGUUCAGCGGGAAUGCAGGGAGUUGCAAAAAGCUGUUUGUCUGCUCACGCAAGAGAGGGACCAACUUAAAGAAGAACAGAGACAACACAAUCAGGAACGACAGCAAAGGCUGCGCGAGGAGAGAGAGAAAGCUCACGCUGGAGUCAAACAGCUGGAGCAGGACCUGCUGGGAGUCACACAGAAAGCUGUGCUCAAAGAGACCGAGCUGGAUUGUCUGAGAAGCAAGUUACAGAAGGUGACCAUGGAGAGGGAUCAUUUGGAAGUUCAGCUGAAAAACGAGCGAGAUGAAAGAGAGCUGUACAAAUCUCACAUGCGCAGUGCUGAGCUGGAGAACACUAAGUUGAGUGCAGAGCUGCAGAUGCUGAAGGCGGUGGAGCUGAACCGAGAGGUCACCAUCUCACAGUACCAAGAGGAGAUACACAGACUCCACACAGAACGGAACGCACACGCUGCAGACACUAAUGUAAUAGAGCAGUUGCGUCAGGUGAAGGAGCAGCUUGAGGCCACGUACCAGCGAGCGGCCAUGCUGGAUUCCGAGCUCCGUGAGGUGUCCGGUGAGCAUGAACACACCAAGGCUGAGCUUCAGCGUGUCCGCCAGGAGGCCGAGAUCAUCCGGGCCAGCUUAGCCCAGGCCCAGGAGGAGUGCAGAACCGCCCAGAACCAGCUGUACGAGCUGAGGAGCCAAACAUUACAGAAAACGGAGCGGGCGGAACCGGUCUCGGAGCUAGAGGCUGAACUGCAGAAGGAGGUGGAGGAGCUGAAGCUGAGACUGCAAAUGGCUGCUGAACACUACAAGGAGAAGUACAGAGAGUGCCAGCGGCUGCGCAGACAAGUCACCAAGCUUACACAGAAACAGGAAACACAGCAGGAGGACUGCAACAGGAACGAUGCCUCUACGGACCCCGCCCAGGAGCCGAACCCGAUGGACGCAGAGUUACCUGCUACAGAAAAGAAGCCCGAGAAUCAGGAGCAUGUUGAGGGAAAGAUGAAGGAAGGAAGGGAUGAGGGAGAGGGAGAGAAAACAGAAGGAAGCCAGGAAGAGCAGCAGGAGGAAGGGGAGGAGACUAGCGUGUCGGUAGAGGUGGAGCUUGCUCGGAUGGAGGAGAGGUGGAGAGAGCAGUGCGUCAUCAAUGACAACUUAAAACUGCUGCUGGCUGACGAAGAGCAACGGUUUAAGGCACAGUUAGCGGAGAAAGAUCGAGAGGUCUUUUCUUUGAGAGAGAGUCUCGCUGAGGUGACGAAAGAAAAGGGGACGUUAGAGGAGGAGCUGCGGUCACGUGCAGGCCGAGAGGAAGCUGCGUGUGGACAGAGGUCGGAGGGCAGGGAGCCUGUGGUGUUGCGUUAUCCUCUGCCCUACCCUCACGACUCGCCCCCUCUCCCGCUGGUGCCCCAGCAACCUGCCGAGCUGCAGUAUGGAAACCCUUACUGUGAACCACACACACGCGACGGUGCGGACGGGGCGUUGUCCCCGCAGCAAAGUUGCCGCCCCCCUCCGGUAGCCCCUCCUCCAUGGGUGGGUCCAGUGGUGUGCAGUCAGCCUCUGCGCAGUCUCAGUCCUCCCGACGGCCUGGAGAACCCUGCUGAGGAGCGGCCCAACGGAGGUGAUGGUGAAGCUCCUGCAGUCUGCGAUCAUCAAAGUCCGGAAUCCAAUGAGGGCGGCUCUGGCUUUUGCUUUGACGCUCGGACUGACGUUCAUAAACGCUGUCCCCUGUGCGAAGUCAUUUUCCCGCCCCACUUUGAGCAGCGCAGUUUCGAGCGCCACGUGGAGUCUCACUGGAGGGAGUGUCCCGUGUGCAGCGAGCAGUUCCCUCUGGACUGCCAGCAGCAGCUCUACGAGAAACACGUUCUCACUCACUUCGACAGCAACGUGCUGAACUUCCACAACUACGACUGAGUCAGCAAAGACGCACACCCGCGUAAACGGGCAGCGUUAAAGCUCCGUUCCCUUCAGCCUGUGUGCCAGCGCCCGCAUGUUUUUACACCGCUAACCCAAUCGGAAUCCCCAGAUUUGCACAUAUACUCUCUCUCGUAAAGACGCGUCCUGUCGCUCGUUCCGUGUCCCGUCUUUUCCGACCGCGUCCGCCGUUUAAUUUCACUACGCUUAAUUUAUUCCGAAUGCAUUGAGAGCUGCUCCGAGAUUGGUUGCGCUGUAGAACGCUAGCGAAUAGCUUUGUGUAUAAACAUAGAAUCUACGAAGAGAUUUUUAUAUAACGGUGCAGGUCAUGUGACACAUCUCUGCUGCGUAUUUCUGUAACAGCUUUUGUUCUGUAGCCGGUCUCGUGAUGUACGCCGCCAUUUCCCAUGGUCCCAGUCGGACCGUUUCGAAGCCGCGUGAAUGCUUGUCCUGGACGGAUUGUAAAACAAGAAAUAAAAUAAAGCUGGUGAUGACCUUG